CACCCAAGAGGUCACUAAUAGCCCAAGAGGAGGAAACGCUUGAGACAGGAGGAGCAUAAGCCCAUGGGAAGGUCUCCAUGCUGCGAGAAAGCUCAUACCAACAAGGGAGCUUGGACCAAGGAGGAAGACGACCGUCUCAUCGCCUACAUCCGGGCCCAUGGCGAGGGAUGCUGGCGAUCGCUCCCCAAGGCUGCCGGCUUGCUCCGUUGCGGCAAGAGCUGCCGCCUCCGCUGGAUAAACUACCUGCGCCCCGAUCUCAAGCGUGGUAACUUCACCGAGGAAGAGGACGACCUCAUCAUCAAGCUCCACAGCCUUCUCGGCAACAAAUGGUCUCUCAUAGCGGGGAGGUUGCCAGGGAGGACCGAUAACGAGAUAAAGAACUACUGGAACACGCAUAUCAGAAGGAAGCUGUUGAGUCGGGGAAUCGACCCUGCCACCCACGGUCCGGUCCAUGCACCUCUUUCGGACUUCACCAUCACUUUUGCUAAGGCGGAGAAGAAGGAUGUGCGAAUUCUUCGCCGCGACGAAGGGAAGACUGGCAGCAGCUGCAGCAGGGAAGAAGAGUCAGCAUCAUGGCGGCAAUACAGAUGCCCGGAUCUAAAUUUAGAGCUGUCUAUAAGCCCUCCCUUCCAACAACCGGCGCAGCCCAUCAAGGGAGAGAGGAGACUCUGUUUCGCCUGCAGCUUGGGUCUCCACAACCACAAGAGCCAGGAGUGCAAGUGUAAUGGCUUUCUUGGCCUUAGUGCUGGAGCGUUAGACUAUAGAGCAGUUGACAUGAAAUGAAAUGCUCGUCAGUGUCUUCAUCUUGUGGCGAUGAUGAAGCAACUACGAAAAAAAAAGGAGGGGGCGGAUUAUAUGAUCGAUCCUAUUUUUCUCUUCUUUUUGUACAAUUGUUGGAACAUAAUACUGUACUUCUAUUUGUUUAGCUAUGAUUUUUUUGGUAAAAGAAAGGCAUGCAUGGAUUUCUCUCA